AGACGUUUAAAAUUAUCAACUUGAAUGAUAUUUUGAGACGUUAAUUGCGCAUGUCAUUUGGCACAUUACCAACAAUUGAUUGUAUAGGAGGACAUGUUUUUAGUUAUUGUCAUGAAAUGGUGUUGAAGUUUUGAAGGAAUAAGGAUGAGUGGAAUGGAGUUUUACCGACGCCUUUCCAUGGGUAUGCCAAUUGAUAGAUGUUAUGACCUGGAAUUUGCUCGUCUUGAGUCUUUCUCAAAACGUCCUCAAAAUUUUCUUCCAAACAUCAGUUACAUAAAACUGGCCGCAGCUGGAUUUUAUUUUGACAAUGGACAGUGUAAAUGUUUUGAAUGUGGUAUAAUUUGGACUGGCACUCACUGUGAUAGGCAUUGUAGCGAUCUACUGGAAGUGCAUAGACAAAUAUCUCCAUACUGUCAGUUUGUAUGUAAUGGAACAAUAGAAACCCCAUCUGGAAACGGUAACUGCAUUUCUAUUGGGAUUAGAAGGUCAAUAGAUGUGGAAAGUCAUGACGAACCCAGAAGUGAAGAAACAAAUACAAAGGAGAGACCUGGCACACAAUUCAGUGGUUUAUUGGAUACUGGUUAUAGUUCUUUUGCAUUAUCCAGACCAUUCCAAGAAGAAGAACAGCCAUCCAUUAUACAAUCAUCUCAUCAAUGUAGUAAUGUAGAAGACAGUCAUAAUGAUUUUAUUUAUACAGACUAUAAUGUAAGACUCGCAUCUUUUAGAAAUUGGCCAAAAACACAAACCCCAGUAGAUUUAGCAGGUGCUGGUUUCUUCUAUACAGGAAAAAAUGAUGUUGUAAAGUGCUACUCUUGUGGAAUACGUCUGGGAGAAUGGGAACCACAUGAGCACCCAUGGAUGGAGCAUUCAAAGCACAGCCCUGAAUGCGACUUUGUUAAGAUAAAAAUGCCGAAUAGAGAAACUCAUAAUCUCCUGACUGAACAACCGUCGCCAAGUAGUGAGGAAUAUGGUGCUAUAGCCAAUCCCACAGAAGAUGUUGUUACUGAAUUUGACAAUCCAUCAUCACGAGUUUUUUCUACAAAGAUUAUUUCUGACAAUGACAUUGAUCUGUAUAUGGAAUCACCAGCAGCCUUUGCUGUCUUACAUACUUGGUCAACAAAACCAAACAUCAAACAGCUUGUGAAAGAAACUUUAAUUGCACUCUGUCAUGAUAAGCAGUGCAAACCAUCGGCCGAAAAGAUUGCAAGAGUUGUUUGGUUGUUAGAAGAACGAGAUAAAAAGAUAAAAGAAUUAAAAGAGUAUAUACAAAGUUUAGAGUCUGAUGCUGCCAACAGAUCUGCAAUGACAAAAUGUGGCAUAUGUCUGACUGAAGAAAGAACUAUUGUCUGCUGUCCAUGUGGUCAUUUCUUUUGUUGUGCAGCUUGUUCAGACAGACUGCAGUUAGAUCAAAAUCCUAGAUGCCCUUUAUGUCGUCAUGCAGUUGAUAGAUUUGUGAAGAUGUUCUGGGCAUAGCUGAUAUAUGUGCAUUAAUAUACAUUUUACAAUUGUUAUUAUUUAUAACUUUACAUUUGUUAAACUAUUUUACAUUAAAGUUUAUAUCUGAUUUUUAA